AUGUUGGCAAGAAAAAGAGGUGGUACCAUAAUAUUGAAUGUUCUUCAGAGUACUUCAAAUAAAGGAAUAUUUUUUUCCUUUGUGCCUUUUACUUCUGCAUCAAACAAUGACUUUAAGAUCCCUCGUAGCAUCGUGGACGAUGGAACGGUGGAUCGGAGGGAGGAACGGGCGCGUUCCAUAGGAGAGAGCUUGACGGAUGGAGCAGCAAAAGCAGUGGAGACGGGGCUAGAUGUGGGUGAAAAGGCAAAAGAGAGUAUAGAUGAAGCAUGGGAUGCAGCUAAAGAAACAACAAAUAACAUUAAAGAUGCUAUGGUUAAUGAUGCUAAUGAUGAAAUGAAAAAGGGAUAUAAAUAUCCAUCUACUGACAAUAAUAAUAAUAAAGAUGAACAUAUACCGGACUUGAGGAAACGUGCUGAUGGUUAUGAUUUGAGAAAUACUCAUUAGAACUUUUUUAACUUUGUGUAUU